CAUUGCAAACAAACCCAAUCAAAUUCUUAUUUUCCACUCUCAGUUUCUGAAACAAACCCAGUUCACAGUUCAAAAAUCAGUACCAGAUCAUUGCAUUGCAGUUGGUUUGGUUCGAAAGGGAAAUGAGAAGAAAAAAUUGAUCAUUUUUACUGUUUAUUGGAGUUAAAGAUGGAGUUUUUUUCACCUUUUAGUUUCUGGUUUUGGGGUUGUUUAGCGGUUUUGGUGGUGAGUAGUGGAGAAGUGGUAUCAGAUUCUUCUAAGUAUUUGAUUGGACUAGGAAGCUCUGAUAUUACAGGACCUGCUGCUGAUGUUAAUAUGAUGGGAUAUGCUAAUACUGAACAGAUUGCUUCAGGUGUUCACUUUAGGUUGAGAGCUAGGACUUUUAUUGUGGCUGAACCAAAGGGUAACAGGGUUGUUUUUGUCAAUCUUGAUGCUUGUAUGGCUGCACAAAUUGUGACCAUUAAAGUUUUGGAGAGAUUGAAAGCAAGAUAUGGGGAUCUUUAUACUGAAAAGAAUGUUGCUAUCAGUGGUAUUCACACUCAUUCUGGUCCUGGAGGCUAUUUACAGUAUGUUACUUAUAUUGUUACUUCUCUUGGAUUUGUUCGUCAGUCGUUUGAUAUUCUUGUGGAUGGCAUUGAGAGGAGCAUAGUACAAGCUCAUGAAAAUCUCCGUCCGGGUUCAAUUUUUGUGAAUAACGGUGAGCUAUUAGAUGCUGGUGUAAAUCGCAGUCCUAGCUCAUAUCUUAAUAACCCUGCAGAAGAACGCAACAAAUACAAGUACGAUGUUGAUAAAGAAAUGACACUUUUGAAGUUUGUUGAUGAUCAAUGGGGUCCAAUUGGUAGCUUCAAUUGGUUUGCCACCCAUGGUACUUCAAUGAGUCGCACAAACUCUUUGAUAAGUGGGGAUAACAAGGGUGCUGCUGCCCGAUUUAUGGAGGACUCGUUCGAGAAUAAGGGUACUGGUUUCUCAUUUUCUGAUGGAAGUGAAGUUGAUGGGACCCGUAGACGAGUCUCAAAUAUAAUUCCAAACUUGCGUGAUAAUCACCAUGAGCUUCUAGAGCUUGCUGCGUCCUUCCAGUCUUCUCCUGGUAGACCAGCUACUAAGAUUCUUAGUGCUGCAAGACGUGUCCGCAGUCUUCUUAGGCAGGCCGACAAACCUGCAUUUGUAUCUGCAUUUUGCCAAAGCAACUGUGGCGAUGUUAGCCCCAAUGUGCUUGGUGCCUUCUGUACAGAUACUGGGCUUCCUUGUGAUUUUAAUCACAGUACCUGCGGCGGGAAGAACGAGUUGUGCUAUGGCCGAGGACCAGGUUAUCCUGACGAGUUUGAAAGUACACGUAUUAUUGGGGAGAGGCAAUUUAGAAAAGCUGUGGAGCUUUUUAACAAAGCAUCUGAGCAACUAAAUGGGAAGGUUGAUUCUCGUCACACUUAUCUAGACUUCUCUCAGCUUGAAGUAACACUUCCUAACAAAGGGGGAGGUUCUGAGUUCGUAAAAACGUGUCCUGCUGCAAUGGGAUUUGGAUUUGCUGCAGGAACUACAGAUGGACCUGGGGCUUUUGAUUUUAAGCAAGGAGACGACAAGGUAAUUAUCUGUAUGAUCUUAAUCCGCGUCGAUUUAUCAUCUUUUUUUAUCAUGAUAUUGUUGAUGAGAAUGUUUUGUUAUGUUUUUUUCUAUAAAUUACAGGGCAAUGCCUUCUGGAGGCUGAUUCGCAACUUCCUUAAAACACCAAAUAAGGAACAAAUUGAUUGUCAGCAUCCAAAGCCCAUCUUACUUGACACCGGUGAAAUGAAGCAACCAUAUGACUGGGCGCCUUCAAUACUUCCAAUCCAGAUUCUCCGAGUAGGCCAGCUAGUCAUUCUUAGUGUACCAGGAGAAUUCACAACUAUGGCGGGGAGGCGUCUUCGAGAUGCUGUGAAGUCGGUGCUCACAAGCGGAAACAAACAAUUUAAUAACAAUGUUCAUGUUGUCAUAGCAGGACUGACUAAUACUUACUCACAGUACGUGACCACCAUUGAAGAGUAUGAAGUUCAGAGAUAUGAGGGUGCCUCCACACUUUUUGGUCCGCAUACACUUAGUGCAUAUAUUCAGGAGUUCACGAAGUUAGCAAAGGCUCUUGUCGCUGGCCAACCUGUGGAGCCUGGUCCACAACCACCUGACCUCCUCGGUAAGCAAAUAGGCUUACUUACACCAGUUGUCAUGGAUGCAACCCCUCCCGGUGCAAGUUUUGGGGAUUGCACCACCGAUGUUCCUCAGAACUCGACUUUCAAGAGAGGUGACACUGUGACGGUUGUUUUCUGGUCAGCUUGCCCCAGAAAUGACCUCAUGACCGAAGGUACAUUCGCCCUUGUCGAGAUUCUUGAGGGAAAGGAUACAUGGGUUCCAGCUUAUGACGAUGAUGAUUUUUGCCUCCGAUUUAAGUGGUCGAGACCAUCAAAACUAAGCACGCGCAGUCGGGCAACCAUGGAAUGGCGGAUACCUCAGUCAGCUAGACCUGGUGUCUAUAGAAUAAGACAUUUUGGUGCUGCAAAGAGCCUUCUGGGUUCGAUUCGCCAUUUCACGGGUUCAUCUAGUGCAUUUGUUGUAGUAUGAUGAUGUUUAUUAUGCCAGUGUUUGUACAUUUUUUCUGUUGUUGUACUGUAUUUUGAACUACAAAUUAUCUAAAUAGCAAUUGGUUAGUGGCUA